AGAAUCUCCUCUUCACACCCCCACCACGUGACUCCUCCUUGUCAAGAUCUCUUAAUACCCCACCCUUUAUCUGCGGUUCAGAUUCACCCACGCGAUCUAACCCUUAUCGCCAAACGAACGGUUUUACACUUGCCACGUGUCGUCACCGAUACAAUAUUAUACCCCACGAUCCAACGGACCUUGCAAUUUCUCCCCUCCCCUCCUCUCUCUCUCUCUCUCCCCCUCCCUCCCUCUCUCUCUCAACUCUCGCCGGAAAGUCAAGAACCCGGCAAUAUCUCCGGCCAAAAUUCUCUAUCCGACAAAGGGCUUUUCUCUUUUUUAAACUUUUCUUCUCUUUACCCAUAAAACAAAUUGUAAUCCCUUGAAUUCUGUUUAUAGAAAUAUAGAUUUUCUCUUGGAGUUUCAGCUGGGAAACCUUUUAAAAGGUGCUUUUAUUGGGUAUCCUUUUUGUUUUUUUUAAAAUUUGGAACUGAGGCUUGAAUAGCGAUGGCUGAUUCAGACAACGAGUCAGGAGGACACAACGCUGGAAACGAAGGAUCAACAAGGGAACAAGACAGGUUUUUACCAAUAGCAAACGUGAGCAGAAUUAUGAAAAAAGCGUUACCAGCAAACGCAAAAAUCUCAAAAGACGCUAAAGAAACAGUUCAAGAAUGCGUAUCUGAGUUUAUCAGUUUCAUUACCGGAGAAGCAAGGGAUGGUGGGGGAGGGAUGUAUGGUGGUAUGGGGGGUGGUAUGAUAUAUCAUCCACAAGGUCAUCAGAUGUAUGGUAGUCAUGGGUCAUAUCAUCAUAUGGGUAUGGGCGGCGGCGGCGGUGGCGGUGGUGGUGGUGGAGGUUCACGGCCAAGGUAGGCGGUGGAAGGAGAUGAAACUUUGGACAUUAAUCAAAUUAAUCAUAUGAUGUAUCAUUGUGUUGAUAGCUACUUUUCUCUAUUACUUUAGGUCCUUUUUAAUUAUUUUUUUUGCCUUUUUUUUUUGGAAGCACAUUGACAUGUGGAGUUUUAGAUAUGCUUUAUUAUAGCUUUUCUUUUGAUGUUGGAGUAUUAGUGGGUUACAUGUGUAGUACUUUGUGGAAAGGGUAACGAGAGGAUAAAGUAGUACAUGAUAUAACCUUCAAUGAAAGGCACUUUGGAUAUAUAUGUAUUUAAUGGGAAAUUGAGAUGGUAUAUUGUGUUAUCUUUUUA